GCGAACCUUUCGGGGUCGAUAGGCUUCCCGCUUUAGAAGGACACACUAUUCUAUCAUGUUAUUGAGGAGUGAUAGCUUUGCAUAGACAGGAUAUACCACCAAAGCUAAGUGAUGGUAUAGCGCGGCUCCGGAAAACACUUGUUGGAGCAUAUUCACAUGGAAUAAUGACAGUGAUUUGAUGAAACUGGACUCUGAUUUCUUUGGAAUCUAAACUAAAGCAGAAUGGCAUCGAAGAAUCUGAUUAUGCGGAAAAGUUUGGAGAAGGAUCGGGGCGGGUUGCCCCGAAGCGGAAGAGGUUCCGUCGAUCAGAAGUGUCCCGUAUUUCCCGUACAAUAUCUGGGUAAGAUGCCGGCCAGGGGCGAGUAUGGAAGGGAAUAUAUUUCCGAACCUGUUGAGGCUCUCAUGAAGCUGAAGGAUCGACAGAAAUCGCCGAAGAAAUCGGCUCUACAGAUUACGGAAAAGGGUUUCCAUUUCCUGGACUUGAACGGAGCCUUUGGUAAGGAGAAACACGUUUUGAUCCCUAUUCAUCACAUCUGCUAUGGUGUAGCAGACGAACAGCAUCCUAAAGUAUUUGCCAUCAUUACCAGAACAGAUUCAAACCCUGAGAACAGUUUAUUCGAAUGCCAUGCUUUUCAUUGUGAAAGAAAGAAGGAGGCAAGUGAGAUAACCUAUUGGUUGCUUCGUACUUUCCUUGAAGUGUUUGAAGACUUGCAGAAGCGAAGACGGAUGCGACAGGAGCGCAAGUUGAUCCGACAGCAGAGCGUGAUGAGUGGUCCUUCGUUCGAUCUCUCUCCUCCGACAUCGCCUAACGAAUCAUUGACCGCUGCUGAUUUGACCAUGUACUCUGUCAUCCUCGAUGGCGCGAAGAAUAAGGGUGCGGCUGUGCGAUUGGCCAGGAAUCAUGGUCAGAGCAGACCGGUCGGUUUACCACCAGGACAGUCUGCCCUGGAUCCUGCUGUGGCACCACCACAACCUCAUGCUGGACAUCCUACACCACGGGAAGGCUACAAUGGAACUGCUCCAGGAAUGCUCUACGCAGCUCCACCUGGUCCCAGGAUGAUGGCUGAAAACCAAAUGGAUGUCCAAGGCAGGCCAAUCCAGCAACCCAUUUCACGUCAUUAUGACCCUCGAGUAUCUAUGCCAACGACGGAAAUGUCUCAGUAUCCUCAGAGGGCACCCAAACCUACAAACACACCUGGUGAUGCUCAUCAGCAUCCGGAUGCCUUCCAAAAACAAAACGGUGCUCGAUACUACAAAAACCCGGCUCUGCCGCGAUCUCGUUCUUCAACCGGUAAUACCUCCUCGACCGACGAGAGCAAUUCAACUCUCUUUAGCGAUUCUUUCAGCGGGGUAAGCCGGGACGGGUCCGACUUCAUCUUCAUCGAAAUGCUCCAGGAAGAAUUCGGUGGUCUAGAUCUCUCACCAACCCAAGGGAAACCAGGCGCCAGCGGGCGACUCAACUCGAAGAAAUCAAGAAACGAGCCACCCGAUCAGAAAUUACGAAGCGAGGACAUUGAGAAACGAGUUCGUGAUUGGUUGGAGUACGAGGAAGGGGAUGUGGCUGUGUUUAGCCCGAUGUCACCGCAUGCGAGUCCAGUGUCGCCUUCGACGAUGAGGAGUCCUGCUGGAUACCACCCAGGGUACAGCUACCAGAGUGGUGGUUAUAGGGGUGAUCCUAGGGGUAGUCGGCCUGGACCAAGGACCCAUGCUAGCCAGUCCAGUGUAGCAUCCGAUAAGGAUUACUUCUAGGCGAACCUUUUGGUAUACCUGUAAUUCUUUUAUGUGAACAUGAGACUUGGAGUAAUGGCGUCUUCGAGGGAUUCUUUAAAUUGUGUAUUUCACAAAAAUCGGAUCCGAUGGAUCAUACUCAAUGUACACUUUCUAGUUACGAGAAUAGUAUUUUAUUCAUCACGCAGUAAUGCCUGAGAGCUUCAAACUAACCUCAGGAAAAGUAAUCAUAAGAAAUGCAGAUUUAAGUGAGAGUGAAGUUCUCGUUUAUGAAGGCCAUAACUCGUAAUGGUAUGAAUGCGGCCCGAUAUCAUUAUUUUAUACAGUUCUAUUACAGAAUUACAUGCGACUAAACGUUACAUAUGAAAGAAAUUUUAAAUGUACAGAUUCACAACAAAAAUUAUAACUUGGGACACCUAUGGUAAAACUUCUUUUUCUUCAGACCUGAUCACAAUUAUAAUGUCUCUUAUCUUGCAAUAAUCAAUGUGUGGUGUUUUGAAUAUUAAAUUGUGUAAGAAGCCAAAACAGAAUUGAGAUCAACUUGAAUUCCCUCAUGUACUGAUUAUCAAAUGGAUAUGAUUCAUGAUCUACUAUAUAUGACUUCCAAAAUACUUAUAUUAUGACUUAGUGUAUGGACAUUAUUGUAAAAUUACAAUUGUAAUUGUACAAUAAAUGUAAUAGCAAUGUACAUGUAUGUUGACAAAAUGUACAAAUUACAAGGUAAAUGUUUAUUAUGACAGAAUUAUCACGACAUACACGGUAGCCCCAUAAAGUGGGAAUAAUUUGUCUUUACCUCUCUUCAGGAAUUGAUUGUGAUGAUACGAUGAUAGAUAAGUUUAUAUCUUCCCAGAAAUAUCUCACGAUUCAUAGAGAUUGAUCAAUAAAGCUCUGGGAAUAUAAAAACAUCAUUGUCACAAUCAUUUCAUGAAAAGAGGUAAAGAUAAAUUAUUCCAACUUUCUGGGGGAGAAAGUAUGUAUAUCUAUGCUGAUAUUAGGGACUUUUAGAUUCGCACGAACACAAUGUGGAUUGCUACGGUCGACGUCAUUUUAAUGCACUGCCUUGAAUGGACGUCACACGUAUCAGUCCACGCAAAUCUAAAAGUCCCUAUUAUUUGAAGACGACAACAAGGACUUUCGAGGAAUCUUCUUUUAGUUAUAUGAUACACUUUUGUAAACUUAAAAGGUGACGCAAACGCAUGAGAGGGCUCUCGAAAUACUGAGAAUUAGGUCCAUUUUUCGAAAGUCUGAAUGAUUGUGUUUCUACAGGCUUCCAUAAGUUGUUUACUAGUAAAAUGUUACUUUUGAAUUUACUUUAAAAUAUGACUCCAGGGACUUUUGAAAAAUCACCUAAAUAGAGGGACUUUCAUUGCGCCAUUGCCUCUAGAAAUCAUACUCGGCUUAUGAAAUAUAUGUCAUCGAACUGUUCACUCAUUCAAAAGAUAACGCACAAGGCUUGAAAUUGCAAUAUGUAGAAUUUUCCCGAAAGUCUAUGUGAUCAUAUUCUACAGGCUUCCAUAUUUUGUAUAUUUUUUAUUCGUGAUAUUAUGUUAAUUUUGUUUCUAAAUUGUUUUGUAGAGUUCUCAUGAAUAGUGAUGUUAUUCAAACCAUAAAUGAUAUGAAUGUCAACAUUUUAACCCGUAUGUUGACAAAGAGACAUUAAUUUGCUAUAUCAAUAAUAAUGGAUAUCUUGUCAUUUAUCUGUAUAGAUUCGAGGUUUAAACUGUAUGUACAUGGUAAUUCGUUUUUAGACUUUAGUGCUUUCGAACUUUAUGACUUUCGCAUAUUCGCAAGGUAUUUCAAUAUUCAAGUCUUUCAAAUCGGAACAAAUACAUAUGCUGCUUACAUUAAGUACUUUUAAGUGCAUUGGUAGUGACUGUAAUUUGCUCAAAACUAUAUCAAUUAUAAACGUAGAUAUCUAUGAUAUGAUUUAGUAUCUCUUUUGUAUUAUUAGCAGAAUAUAUUGCAAUUGUUCUCUGUGUUAUUGUUAAAAGCAACGCAUGUAUAUUUUAUGUAUAUCUUUCGAUGAAGUAUGCAAUACCAAAAGUCUUUCUUCGGAGGCAUCUACAGAGACUAAACCAACUAUAUGACAACAGUAUUUCAAUCAAGUUUGUUAGAAAAUGUCUUCCUACCCACAUGUGAUGAGAUAUACAUUUAAUGGAACGUCAUAAUUUGUUUAUGGGCAAGCCCAAUAUAUAGACCUUCUGUUUCCUAUACACGCUAGCAAGUUUCAUGGUUUUAAGAAAAGAGGAAAUAUUGAAACUAUUAUUUUUUCUUGAUAUUUUGUUUGAUCCCUACAGUUGUAUAGAGCUGACACCUCAUUACAGCCAUCGUCUAUACUACAUGACUUGCAAACUCGUUGCUGGUGUCGCUAUAAUUACCAUAUGUAUAGGGUAAUAAAUACCUUGAACCUUCUGUACGUGACGUCUACGUCAAAUUUUGUUUUCAAAAUAUAUUCAAUGAGUUUAUAAUUCAAUCGUUAUUCUACUUGGACAUUGUUAUCGUGAGUGGGUGGUAUUCAUGCUUCAUGCUCCGGUCAAAGUCAAAUUAAGCUUACUGAUUGCGAAAUAAUGCAAUAAUUUCCCUUUACAUUUUGUAGAGCAGAGUCAAAGAUACAGGGGACACGGAAUAACUACCCCCUCCUCCAUACAGUGAUGACAAAAAGAAAAGGAAAAGGGAGAAAAAGAUAGAGAGGCAACUGAAUAAAAUAAACCUGAAAAAGAAUAUGAUACGAGCCCCUUCCAACACCCUCCCCUAAUCGACAACAAAGGUAGCCCCCCCCCCCCCCUCCAUGGUGCCAGUGUCCCCUAAAUGGCUGCACCAACACUGUGCCACUGGUAUAGAGCUUUUUUUUGUUGUAAUUGCAUGCAUGGCAUAAAUAAAGCUGAAACAACUUGAUACAAGAUAAUUACAAUGACUUAUAAUUUCGAUUUUGCAAAUAAAAGUCAGUUAUAUUUCGCUGUCAUUCAAAUGUGUAUAAAGCAGUACAAAUUAGGUUGACUAUCGGGUCACGGUCGAUUUUCACAUGCAUGAGGAGGAACGGCAUGGUGAAAUUAAGCCACAAGGUGGAAUUCUAUACAGAGAGUGUGUGUUAAAUAAAGCAUUAGAUCACUAUGAACUAAAUAGAACACACUUUCCAUAAAGAUUUUGUGAUAUUCUAGACAGCUUGAUUCAGUCGUAAAAGGUUGAAUGGCAAAACACCAAAUGUUUCUGUCAUUUGAUUACCAGGAGAGAAUCUUAAUGAUUUCAUACAUGCCAUAUACAAAUAGGCUUUAUUUACACUACCUAUAGAACUGUAGCUUUGCAGUUUAUGAUUUUUUUUUUUUUAAUUAGCAAGAACUGUAUCGAGAAAGCUCAUUUCCGCCAUGUGGUUUUGAUAAGAAGGCCUGUUAUUCACCUUCGGUUCAAUGAACACAGUCAGUAAUAUAGAGCCUGAAAUGUAGACUUUUUAGAAGAUGUUGAAAGAAGAUUGAUUACCACAAUAUUGAUACAUCAAAAUUAAAAUCAUAAGCAAUUGAUUGAAAUAAGAUCCUCGUUAAUUAAAACCGAAUAGAUUUCACUGCGGUGUUGAUUCUGAGUAAAUAGAUACAAACCGGGUCAUGCAUAUCUUGUUGAUUUGCCUGUGCACAGAAUAACAACGAGUGGUAUAUAGGUGCGGGUUCGCUCCGUCCCGAUAUUUUCUAUUUGCUUUCCAUUUUGCGUCAGUGCAUGCAUCCCGUGAUUUAUUAUUUGUUUGCAUGCAUAACUCCAUGAAUAAUAGAUUUUUUUUCUUCUAUUAUUGUGUUUGCUUUUUAUGUGGAGGUAUUCUCAUUGUCGAGCGAGGGGAAAUGAAAUUGUGGUUUGCGUUUCUUUCCCACGCAGUUACUUUAUAGGGGUAUAUUGCAAGUGGUGCCAUAAUUAUUUCUUUAAAAGAAAUUGAGUAAUUCAUGGAAUUAUGAGUUAUCCGUCAACUAUCUCCUAUCGAAAUGAAAAGUAUCGGAAAUCGACUCUUUUAAAAGUCUGGUUAGCUUACUGUAGCAUUUAUUCAGCAUAAUAAAAGAAUGUUUGAACGAAUUAGGAAUUCAUUUUGCCGGAUACCCAUCAAAAUUUUCCAAGAAAUUUUAAGCCUAUAUACCAUAAAGUUGAGCAUAAAUACGUAUAGAUUUUAAAACCACAAUUUGAUUUGUAUUCAUACUGAUUGAUUUUUCAAAAUCCCUGUUCAAUGCAACAUUUUCUGUUCAGUGAUAUUCGUAUUUGAAAAUGGGCCUAUUUCCAAGCCCUUCAUCGUGUUCGCAGAACUUUGGAAUCAAUACAAGUACAUGCAGCUUGUUUCCACCAAUGGUUUUCACCACGCUUCGUGUAUCAAAACAAUUGACAGACGUUCUAAUUAAUUUCUUCCUACUCGAUGCCUCCAGGGUGUCAAAAUAUUGAUCAUUAUUUGUGAUUUGCGAGAAAGAAAAAAAAUCACACCAGUUAUUAUGAUGAUAUUAUAAUGUUAUACUGCAUGUAGAAAGUGAUGUUUGUUGAAAUGAUAUGAUGCAUAUUAAAAGGCACGUUACAGUGCGCCAGAAAGAAAAAAA